ACACACACGCUCUCUCCCUUCUCCCCUCAUCUUCACACACAGACACACAUAUGAGAAGGUGAGUGAAUUGCACAGAGAGAGAAAGAGAGAGAGAGAGAGCUUCGAACAAUCCAUCUAUGGCGAAAUCUCUGAUUUCAUCUCCUUCCUCCUUCAUCGGAACACCUUUCCCCUCUCUCAAUCGCCAUGGACGCUUUUCUCCCAGGACUAAGCUUAUAUCUACCACAGUCAAAUUCAGCUUUAACGGACUUCCUCCAAUUUCUUCAUUCGAUGGCGUCUCAGUUGAUUUUGCCGCAAUUGCUAGCCGUGCCGAGAGCCUUAUGUAUACUUUAGCUGAUGCAGCUGUUGCUGUUGACUCAGCUGCUUCUGCUUCUGCUUCGGGCGACUCGGCUACUUCGACAGUGCAGAAGUCCGGGGGGUGGUUUGGUUUUAUAUCCGAUGCCAUGGAAGUCGUUUUAAAGGUACUGAAGGAUGGACUGUCUACCGUUCAUGUGCCAUAUUCCUAUGGAUUUGCAAUUAUAUUGCUUACUGUUCUUGUUAAGGUUGCAACCUUGCCGUUGACAAAACAACAGGUUGAGUCAACUCUGGCAAUGCAAAACCUCCAGCCAAAGAUCAAAGCAAUUCAACAAAGAUAUGCAGGAAAUCAGGAAAGAAUACAACUCGAGACAUCACGCUUAUAUAAACAGGCAGGAGUCAAUCCUUUGGCAGGAUGUUUACCUACUUUGGCCACAAUACCAGUAUGGAUAGGCUUGUAUCAAGCUCUUUCAAAUGUUGCAAACGAGGGAUUGCUGACGGAGGGAUUUUUCUGGAUUCCCUCUUUGGGAGGGCCGACAACAAUUGCUGCUCGGCAAAGUGGAGCGGGAGUUUCUUGGCUCAUUCCAUUUGUGGAUGGCCAUCCGCCACUGGGUUGGUAUGACACGGCUGCCUACCUUGUUUUACCUGUGCUUCUUGUUCUUUCUCAGUAUGUAUCAAUGGAGAUCAUGAAGCCACCCCAAACUGAUGAUCCUACUCAGAAAAACACUCUUCUUGUCUUCAAGUUCCUCCCACUCAUGAUUGGCUACUUUUCGUUGUCCGUCCCAUCGGGGUUAUCAAUUUACUGGUUCACAAACAAUGUGCUCAGCACUGCCCAGCAAAUAUGGUUAAGGAAGUUGGGAGGUGCGAAGCCUGUUGUCAGCGAGAAUGCAAGUGGAAUAAUAAGUGCUGGUCGUGCAAAACGAUCAUCUUCUCAACCAUCAGAAUCUGGUGCUAGGUUUAAGCAGCUAAAGGAAGAAGAGAAGAAAAGAUCAAGUAAGGCACUGCCUGACCCAGAUGUUCAGGUUUUGGCAUCUACAUCUGAUUCUGAAGAUGAGACAGAUGACAACACAAAGUCCACGGAGGUUUUGGAAGAGGCUUAUGCUUCUAGCACCGCCAAACCAGUUCCAGAACUUUCUGGACCAAGGAGGAGUAAGAGAUCAAAGAAAAAGCGUUCGGUAUGAUAUAUAAAAUACAUGUGUAGCUCUAUUUUUGGACCCUGUAUUAUCUUAAAUCCAUAUUUUAGUUAAUAUAUAGCUGUUAUUUUUCACUUGCU